CACCAAGCUGACCUUCCACCUGUGUUCUCUCAGUGGUCCUAGCCCCCACCCUGUGAGGGAGGGGCCCUCACCAGACUCACUUUCCAGGUGAGUGAAGAGCCUGAGGCUGCAGGCAGUUCUGCAGGUGCAGGGCCCCGCAGCCGACAAGUGGCUCUCCCUGGAGCCUGGAUGUGGAUGGGUUUCGUGCCUUCCUUCUGUCGCCCCUGGUGGGGUAGGCCCUUGUUUGGUGGCAGGACUGCAGUGUGCUUCCCCGGGAUCCCACCCCGUCGUAGGUCUCUGCAGCCUGCUGUCACUGCCCCAGCCUUUGAGCAGGGUUUGGGGAGCAGCAGGGCCAGGACAGCGUGCAGGUUUGGGAUUGGGCCGGCUAUAGCCUCCUGAACCUUUCUGAUCCAUUCUGUCUGCACGCGGGAAAACUGCUGCCCCCUGGCGUUACCAGGGGAGACUGUGCAGUUAAGCUCACCUGGCAGGUGCUCCGAAACCCCCUGGCCUCUCUGGUGACAUCACUGGCAUGGAGCUGCCCUCUGCCUCUCACCUAGAGCAGCUGCAUAGCUGUCCCCGGGAGGGACUGGCUUCUGGCCCUGUCCAACCUCCUGCAGCAGGGCACCGCUGGUGGGAUGCAGCACCUGCAUUCCUGCUCAGCUUUUGCUAGGCCUCAGUGCAGUGCAGAACUGACCAUCCCUGCUGUGUUCAGACCCAGGAGGGAACAGGCAGUGGCAAUGCUCCCACAGGGACCCUUCUCCCUCCAUCAGGUGUCCCUGAGUGUGCUGUGAAAGCCAGGACACUUGGAGCGUGAAAGGAGAUGCCAUUAAUAGCUGCAGGGAGCGAGCUGGGAGUUCGCUGGCAGAGGAGGGAUAUGUGGUCUCUGACAAGCUUUGGAGGUGUUCCCUUCCCAUUAUAGUUACGGAAACCAGGUCGCUUCUGUCCACUCGGCACGUGGCUCUGCAUUCCAGGUGCUUUCUUGGCUGAGUCACCAGCACAGCCCCCGCCAGCUGAGAGCUGGUGUGGGAGGCUGGUGUGAGACCUGUGGGAUGUGCAGUGCUGGGAUCUUGGGAAAGCUAAUGUAGCCUUUGUAAUGAGAAAGACCAAAAUGAAGCCCAAAUAGCAUAUACCCUUCUAGAAAAGCGGAACACUGGAUGCAUGGAUCCUCCUCUCAGCCAGUUAUUUUUGUGCUUUGUCUCCUGUGUCCCAGGGCUUCCCUCCCGGGCCUGCAGUGACCCGCCCGUCACAUGUGCAAUCGAAGGCCCUCGGCAGGGGCCAGGGAGAACUCCACUGCCCCCAGCUCCCUGUUGGAGCAGACGGCCUAUUUGGGGAAGGAUGGAGACCCUGAAAGACAAGACCCUGCAGGAGCUGGAGGAGAUGCAGAAUGACCCGGAGGUGAUCAGCCGGCUGGCCUUGGAGUCCCCUGAGGUCCAGGACCUGCAGCUGGAGCGGGAGAUGGCCCUGGCCACCAACCGGAGCCUGGCCGAGCGGAAUCUGGAGUUCCAAGGUCCCCUGGAGAUCAGCCGCUCUAACCUCUCAGACAAAUACCAGGAGCUCCGGAAGCUCGUGGAGCGGUGCCAGGAGCAGAAGGCCAAACUGGAGAAAUUUUCCUCAGCGCUGCAGCCAAGCACCCUGUUAGACCUGCUGCAGAUCGAGGGCAUGAAGAUAGAGGAGGAGUCCGAGGCCAUGGCUGAGAAGUUCCUGGAAGGCGAGGUGCCCCUGGAGACCUUCCUGGAGAACUUUGCCUCCAUGAGGAUGCUGUCGCACCUGCGUCGGGUGCGCGUGGAGAAGCUGCAGGAUGUGGUGAGGAAGCCCCGAGCUUCCCAGGAGUCCAGCGGCAGUGCCCCUCCACCACGUCCGCCACCCCCGCCUCGCCCGGCCCCCCAGGCCACACCCCCUGUGGCUGAGGAGCAGCCACUGCCCUCCGUCCCAGUCGUGCCUCCCUACCCUUUGCCCUACAGCCCUUCUCCCGGCCUGCCCGUGGGCCCUACUGCCCAAGGUGCCCUACAACCAGCCCCUUUCCCUGUGGUGUCCCAGCCCUCCUUCUCCUAUGGGCCUCCUCUGGGCCCCUCUUAUCCAUCAGCACAGCCAGCACCCAGGGCUGCAGCAGCAGGCUACUCCUGGUCCCCACAGAGGAGUAUUCCGCCCCGGCCGGGCUAUCCCGUGGCACCAGUUGGCACCUCAGGACCUGGCUAUCCCCUGGCAGCAGGCCCGACCCCCAGCCCUGGUUACCCUCAACAGUCACCCUACCGCCCAGGAGGAGGAAAACCACCUUACCCAACGCAGCCCCAGCUUCCGGGCUUCCCAGGCCAGCCCCAGCCCUCGGUGCCCCCACGACCCCCGUAUCCCCCGGGGCCCGCCCCUCCCUAUGGCUUUCCACCACCUCCAGGGCCCGCCUGGCCUGGGUAUUAAACACAGCCCUGGCCCUUGGCUGUCCCUACUUGCACCAGUACCAUAACCUUUGGCCGACCCAUCACUGAGACUCCAGGUUCAAAUGCAAAUGGAGUCCGUGCUCGCUGUGGACUUGCAUGGGCACUCAGAGACCUUGGAGGGGCCUGGCUAGGGGUGUGCAGCCCCCAGACAGCAGUGAGCAGUGUGACCAACUGGCAGUGGCAGAAGUCCCAGCCCCUGCCAGCUUUCUGGCUGCAGGCCCGUCUGGGAGCCCAUUCUUUGUGUGAUUGGCUCCAGCUUUUCUGGUGCUAGCCAGGCUGUGCACCCAGGACCCCUGUGGGUGUCUGUGGGGCUGGACGUAUGCAUGCAUUGUGGACACUGA